UUUGUCCAGCCUGUGAAAUUAUCACACUUGGUUUUGCCAUGUUCCUGUCCCGGCAGGAUGAACUGAAAUUCAGCAUGGGAGCAGCAAAUGAAACAGCAGUUACUGAGUUCAUCCUCGAGGGUUUCCCAGGGCUUGAUCAAAGCCUGCAGCUGUUUCUCUCUGUGAUCCUUCUGCUCAUGUACCUGACAACAGUGACAGGGAAUGCAACCAUCAUUUUCCUCGUGUGUGUGGAUCACCACCUGCAAACCCCCAUGUACUUUUUCAUUAGCAACCUGGCGUUCCUGGAAAUCUGGUUUACAUCCUCCACAAGCAUCAAAUUGUUUGCCAUCCUGAGUUCUGACCAGAAAACCAUCUCGCUGAGCAGCUGCUUUGCCCAAUCCUAUUUCUAUUUCGCCCUGGGCUGCACAGAGUUUGUCCUGCUUGUUGUCAUGGCCUUUGACCGCUGGGUUGCCAUCUGCCAACCCCUGCACUACGCUGCCACCAUGGAGCCUCAGCUCUGCCUCUGCCUGGUUGUUGCUGCCUGGCUCAUCGGCUUCACCCUCCUGAGCUACCGCCUGCUCUUCCUCUCUCAGCUGUCCUUCUGUGGCUCCAACAGGAUCCCCCAUUUUCUUUGUGACAACUCCCCCUUAUUCAAACUGUCCUGCUCUGACACCAACCUGCUUUGGAAAAUAGACUCUGUUUUCUUAUCCUGUGUCGUGCUGGGUUCCUUAUGUUUAACUCUGGCAUUUUACACGUGCAUCCUUUUCUGUAUCCUGCGGCUUCCAGCAGCCUCUGGGAGGAAGAAAGCUUUUACCACCUGCUCUUCCCAUCUCAUCACCUUAUCCAUUGUAUAUGGGAGCUGCAUUGCUCUCUACAUGUGUCCUUCAGCAGAUGUUUCCUUGAAGACCAACAGAAUUGUAGCUUUGCUGAACACAGUCCUGUACCCAUUCUUAAAUCCCUUCAUCUACAGCCUUAGGAACAAGGCUGUGAUACUGGCACUGAACAAAUCCAUUGCCACUACAAUAACAAAGCUUUUCCCCUAAUCAUGAUGCAUUUCUGGACAUAAAUUCCAAGGAUCUGCUCUCAUCUGUUAAACAAUAGCAGGGCAU